CGUCGACCUCACUAAUUUUUAUCAACAAUACAAGUAAGUGAAGCUAGUUACCUUCUUUAAUCCCAUAUUGAUAUUGUACACUUUCAAUAUUAUUGCUUCGAACAAGUAUAUACGAUGGUUUCAUGCAAAACUGUGGAAAAAUGUUACUAAAAAAAGUGCAAUAUGGAAUGGGGGAUUCAAUUAGGCUAAUAAAAUUUUAUUUAAGUGAAUACUUGCAACAUAGCAUAACUCUUUGCGAAAUCGUAAAAUGUUUGAGUCAGAUUCAUGUGGGACUAUAUUGUGAUGUACUGUCUUUGGAAUUGAAGAGCAAUGGAGCCAUGGUUAAAGACGAGGAAGCCUCCAAAAGACGGACGUGAACACCGGCAAUCACCAAAAGACCGGAAGAAACUAGACGGGCUAUACGAAUGCAUAUUGUGCGCGUGUUGUACCACAUCAUGUCCUUCUUAUUGGUGGAACCCUGAGGAGUUUCCAGGACCCGCGGCUUUACUACAAGCGUAUCGUUGGAUCAGUGAUAGCCGUGAUGAGUUUGGAGAAGAGAGACUUCAGGCGAUAACUGAGAAUCAAACCAAAGUAUAUAGAUGCAGAGCAAUCAAGAACUGUACGGCCACUUGUCCUAAAGGACUUAAUCCAGCUAGUGCUAUUUUGAAAAUGAAGUCUAAGCAUUUUCUCUCCGAUCCGGUUGUGAGAACCGAGAGUCUCUAGCCUGAACAUGACUCGGACCGAUCAUAUAUGUAAAAGCUUUUUCUCUGGAUAUAUAUAGUCAUUGGCUCAUUGCAAUAAGAUUUAAUGUUUUUAAUACGCGUCUCUCUACUCUUUUUAUUGAUAUAACUUUUUGGAAAA